AUGGUGCAACAAGUGUCAAUUCGGGUACUUGCAAAUAAUAAGUUCUCGCUUCUGCUCGCCUCUGGAUUACGCCUUGACGGAGUUGUGUUGUGCCCAGGUUUCGAAGGCUGCUUGGCCAACUUCUCGAUCAACAACGAGGUGCAGCCGUUCAACGGCUCCGGCAGCAUCCUCCCGGACGCCGUGUCGCUGGGCAAGGUGAGCGCGGGCUGCGAGGGGCCCGUGGGCGCGGGCGCCACGGCCGCUCCGGACCCGCUCAGCAUCGGCGUCACGCUCGUCAUCGUCUUCUUCGUCAUCCUGCUCGUGGCCAUCCUCAUCAGCUUCGUGCCCCCGCUGCCCCCGGUGCCCGCCGCCUAUGACGGCUUCGACUCCUCCUUCCGCGGCUCCCUCAGCACCCUCGUCGCCUCGGACGACGACCUGUCGACGCACGUGGCCGCGCCCCUCUACCGCCCUCACAACGGCUCCCCGGCGUCCACGGCGGCGCUCGGCUGGGACUAUCUGCUCAACUGGGGGCCCAACUUCGAGAGCCUGGUGGGCGUGUUCAAAGACAUUGCGGAGCUGCCCGACUCGGUGAACGGGCGCGUGGCGUCGUCGCUGCGACUGCCCAGUUCCGCCCCCAAGCCCUCCGAAGAGUACGUGUGA